AUGGAUUCUUUCCCCUCUGCCCUCUCCACCAGCCUCACCUCCCUCCUUAGCACCUCGUCAGCCAUUGCUUCUGCCCAAGCUUCUGCACCGGCCCCCCCUGUCACUGCUCAAAAUACCCUUCAAUCCUCCUCAUGGCUGGGCUUACUUGGCUAUGCUUUGCUCGCCAUGGCCAAAGGAGUUCCCGGAAUGCUGAUUUGGAUCAUCACGUUCACCACAAUUACCUUGCCUACGGUGCUGUUCGCGUUAUUCUCGACCAGCUUGACGUUCACGAUGAACUUCACUACCCUAAUGCUCAUCGUCUUGGCCUUUGCGUCUCUCGUCUCAUGGAUCGUGAGAUACCGAUUUCUGAACAUGUAUGCGCGACUACCUCCCGAACCUCAGCGCAAAGAGCCUCAGAUCGAUCUAUUCCCAGAUACACAAGACGGAGACUCGAAGCCAGGUCUUGCAAAUUAUCUGGACGAGUUUCUGAGUGCUAUAAAGGUGUUUGGGUAUCGUGAUCGAACGCUCUGUCUUCCACGAACUUACCCGAACGAUGCAAACGAGGAAGCUCAUUGCUGGGGAAACACUACUUUUGGAAGAAGAGAAGGGCUUUUGUAUGGUGGUUGA